CGGCACCAGACACAUUGCGCGCGGGGGUUCCCCCGAUUCGUCGACGGACCUGUUACACCACACACCGGUUGCAUCGAUGGACCGAGCCGGGCUGAUCCGCGCAGAAGAAAGUGAACGUUUUUUUUCUUUUUUUAUUCGUCUACUACGAUGAGGUAGGGGUCGGCGGCCCCGACGAAUUCGAUGGUUUCACAAAUUAACUGUCCGCUCUUCUAGCCGUCUUCAAGGUGCUUCGAACGGAAAGACUCUCGCGCCUCAGAAGCGACAACGACACACGGGUUUCCAGACGUGCUCGACAGUUGAAAUCCGUCGGACGAGUGCAAAGUAUUAUUACCAGUCACGAGAUUGAACGCAUCUGGGUGAUAAAAUGACGAAGCAAGGCGUGAGUGAAUGGUAUGGCGGUCGUUCCAUAUUUAUCACAGGAGGUACUGGGUACAUGGGCAAAGUACUCAUCCAAAAGCUUCUUAGAGACUGUGAUGAAAUAAAGAAUAUUUACGUACUAUGCAGACCAAAGCGGGGUUUCAGUCCAAGUGCCAGGAUUGAGCAAAUAAGGAAAUUAGCAGUAUUCGACCGCGUACGUACUGAGUGUCCGGAUAGAUUGAAGAAAGUAAAAGCAAUGGAAGGUGAUUUAGGCAUACCUGGACUAGGACUGAGCGAAGAGAAUAAAAGAAUUCUGAUGAACGAAGUGUCUGUUGUCUUUAACGGAGCGGCUUCGUUGCGCUUGGAAGCGGGUCUGAAGGACGCAGUGAGACACAACACCACCGGGACAAAAUACAUAUUGGAUUUGGCUCUCGAAAUGAAAAAUUUAGUGUCAUUUGUCCACUUGUCAACGGCAUUUUGUCACUGCGAAUAUGACACACUGGAAGAGACGAUAUAUCCAUCACCAGCUAACCCGGAGGAUGUCAUGCGUGCCGUCGAAUGGAUGGACGACCACACGCUGGAGACUAUAACACCUAGACUACUUGGGCCCCAUCCGAACUGUUAUACAUACUCGAAAAGACUGGCGGAAACAUUAGUAAGCCAAUAUGCCAACCGUUUACCGAUAUCCGUGGCUCGUCCGUCAAUUGUGACACCUUCGUAUAUUGAGCCAGUUCCCGGAUGGGUGGAUAGUUUGAACGGGCCAGUGGGAGUCAUUGUCGCAGCCGGUAAAGGAGUAAUACGCUCUAUGUUAUGUAGCCCGGAUUACGAAGCGGAAGUCGUGCCUGUAGACAUAGCGAUUAACGCGUUAAUUGUUAUUGCCUGGAAGCGAGCAAUGAUGGAAAAUGUUGACGACGAAAUGGUCCCAUGUUACAACAUAUCCAAAGGUGACAUUAUCCAUAUGACUUGGGGUGAAGUGUUGCGUAAAGGAAAACGAUACGGAUACGAAUAUCCCUUCGACGCUGGUCUCUGGUAUCCCAAUGGGUCGAUAAGAACAAAUAAAUUGGUCCACUAUUUCAUCGUGUUCUGGCUCCAGAUGUUACCGGCUUAUUUGAUCGAUGGUAUUAUGAUUUUGACCAGACAAAAAACAUUCAUGGUUCGAGUACAAAAACGGAUAGCCGUUGGCAUGGAAGUGUUGCAAUACUUUACAAUGCGUGGUUGGAAUUUCAAAAUCGAAAACACGAAAGCUUUGGUUUCCACCAUGAACGAAAAGGAUCGAAAAUUAUUUUACAUCCAAAACGUCGAAGUCGACAUUGAAAAAUACAUGAUACACGUAAUGCUGGGCGCCCGUCAGUAUUGUAUGAAAGAACCUCUGACCAACUUGGACCGGGCCAGAUAUCAUCUGAAACUGCUGUAUUGGUUAAAUGCCGUUACUCAGGUGGUUUUUGGAUUUUUAUUGUUAUGGCUGUUCGUGCGUACGUUUGAUUCUUUCAAGUAUGCAUUGGAUUAUACUACAAGUUCAUUUACGAAUGCGCCGCUCAUCGGAUCCUUAAUUCCGAAGUAGUAUCGGAACACUUGUAUUAUUCUUAUUUCAUCAACAUUGUUAUUGUAAUUGGGUAUAUUAUAUAUGUAUAUACACACUGGUGGCAUGAAUUUUUUUAUAUCAUGAGGUAAAUAUCAUACAUGUUAGACAAUAAAGGUCAACCACCAAAACCUAAA